GCUAAAACUAAAAUAGAAAACGUCAACCAGUGCGAGCCACAUGUCCAUAUCUCAUAACCCCCCCGGUCAUACUUUGACCAUAUAUUAUUUGUUUAUUCAUCUCAUAACCCAAUUUUAAAAGUACAAUUUAUAUACAUUCAAUUUAUUCGGACUUGAUCUACACGACUUUAUUCCGCUUCAACGUAUUUAUAUGCAACAUUUUCCCUCAUGAUCUUAUAAUCUCAUCUUCAUCCACCCAAAAACAUGGAUUCAAGAGACACCGGAGAAACUGACCAGAGCAAGUACAAAGGUAUCCGUCGUCGGAAAUGGGGAAAAUGGGUAUCAGAGAUUCGUGUCCCGGGAACUCGUCAACGUCUCUGGUUAGGCUCUUUCUCCACCGCAGAAGGCGCUGCCGUAGCCCACGACGUCGCUUUUUACUGCUUGCACCGACCAUCUUCCCUCGACGACGAAUCUUUUAACUUCCCUCACUUACUUACAACCUCCCUCGCCUCCAAUAUAUCUCCUAAGUCCAUCCAAAAAGCUGCUUCCGACGCCGGCAUGGCCGUGGACGCCGGAUUCCAUGGUGCUGUGUCUGGGAGUGGUGGUUGUGAAGAGAGAUCUUCCAUGGCGAAUAUGGAGGAGGAGGACAAACUUAGUAUCUCCGUGUAUGAUUAUCUUGAAGACGAUCUCGUUUGAUCUAUACGAGUACGUUUUUAGCAGUUAAUAUAGGAUGUGCAAAGGGUUAGGAUCUGUUUACUUUUUUUUUUUUUUUGGUUACACUUCUCAUUUAUUUUUCCCCCACGUGAGCUCUCAUUUCUCAGGCUUCUUUUCUCAUUAGGAAAAAAAAAACUAUUCUUACCCAUAUAGCUCAAGGAUGAUUUACACAUUUUGUAGAGAUAUCAUAAAAAGCUAAUGCGGUU